AAAUAAUAUUUGCGGAUCAAAUACCAAUAUGCACAGAAUGUCCAGGCAUUAUCAAGCCGGAUAUUGUAUUCUUUGGUGAGAGUUUGCCAGAGAGGUUCCAGACCUGUCUCCAGGAAGACUUCCAGAAGUGCGACUUGCUUAUCAUUAUGGGAUCAUCCCUAGAAGUACAACCCUUUGCAUCUCUCAUAGAUAUGGUGCCGGAAUGGUGUCCGAGGUUGUUGAUCAACCGUGAGAAGGCUGGAGAGCGUUCGCCCUUGCUGCGGCUGUGCGG